GUUUUUACUGGCAUUCGAAAACUCUUUCUGCCAAGACUAUGUGACGGAGAAGUUUUUUCGAACCUUCAUGGACGAUUUCCCUGUGAUACCAGUAGUUCGAGGAGGGACAGACUAUCAGCGAUAUUUCCCACAAGGAACGUUUGUCGACACUUUAGAUUUCAGAAAUCCGAAAGAACUGGCAGCAUAUUUAAAAAAAAUUAGCAAGGAUCACAGGAAAGUGGCUACUAUGUUGGAAGCCAAGUCAAGAUACCAGUUUGUAGCAAUACAUCGCCACUGCCAGAUGUGUUACCUCUUGCACAAGUACAACAUCACUAGCUCAGGCAUUGAUCCCAGCGUGCCUACCCUCGACAGAACAGCUCUGACAAAGACGUACACUGACGUCUUUCGCUGGCUGUCACAAGACAAAUGUUAUCCUCCACGCGAUUUCACAGGAGCCCUAGAGAAAUGA